AACAUGUCUAGAACUCGGUUGAACUUGCCAAGACGAGUUAACCCGCCUAGGUAAGAUGGUUUUUACGCGCUGUGAUUUUUAGUAUUUUUAGUAUUUUUAUUAUUGCUCUCAUGUUACCAAACCCUCUCAUCUGUUUUGCAUAUAGAUAUAGACAAUUAAAAAAUUAACUUAAGUCAGUAAGUGGAGAUAGAGUUUUUGCUUUUUGUUAUUAUAUUUAAUUGUUUGAUGCGUUUCACUUUUGUAUUCAGAAAAAGAAAUCUGAAUAUUUAAAUGUAUCUUUGUGUGGUAAAGCUUUCUUACAUGGAGUUACUUCCAGAGGUUAGAGAUGAAACCUCGUUUCUCCAUUCUCUUGAUUUGAAAUUUGAAUAGUGUGUUAUCAUUCUGCACUUCAAUAUAAAUAUUUAGACGUUAAUUAAACCAAGAAGUGACUAAUCAGGUCCCCUGAAACAUCCACAGACCGCUUAGCAAAAAACAAGAAAAACAUUGCAGGCUUUGCCACUCGGGUAUUUAGAUAUCGCUUAGAAAAAAAAAUAAGAAGUAAGUUUUAGGAGUGGGAGAGAGUGCACACAUUUACCAUUCACACAUUUUGUUCUCCGGCGUAUUAUGACGUUCUGCCAAGUGGCGUAACGUACAAUUUGUAAAACACACUCCUACUUACACAAUCUUUAAGGCCGUUAUGUAAAUUAGAGCGGUUAAAAUCUUAAAGCUCUGGUGUGAAAUUCAACUACACAUUAUUAUUUUUUUAGGAACAUAUUUAAAAAACGGUACUAUAACGAGUUACGUAAUAAUAAAGGUAAAUUUUAACGUAGAACUACGUUUCACGUCCGGGAUAAAAAUUCAAAAUUUUAGGAAUACUGUGUGCCUGUUAUUGUAAAUUUUAUACAUUUUAUUAUUUGUUUUAAUUCUGUGUGAGCAGUUUAAAGCUUUUUAAGAUGGUUAUGCAUCAGCAGGCUCCUAAUUGACACAAAUAAACAUAUUGUAAAUUCACAAGGCUCUAGUUGAACAGUCACCCUAAAUAUGGCUGUAAUUUUGCAGAAAUUUAAAACUAAAAGGUUUAGAUGCAACUAAAUGGAACUUAUUUACUUCUGAUAAUCACAAUGUAUACUUUGGAAUUUUUAUAUUUUUUGUAUUCAUUACUAUUAACAUUAAUUUGUUCUUUACAGUUAACACUGUAUUGCUUUCUUUGUAAAUUAUUUUUCUUUCAUACCUCUUUUAGAACACAAGGAAAAGGAGUUAUUGAAUGGCCAAUAUGAAGGAAAGCAAAGUACCUACCAAAACUGAUUGGAGAAUUUUAUGUGGAGCAUUGCUCUCUGAAGUAAAAAAUUAUUUGCGAUCUUUACUUCACCAUCCUGCGAGCGGAAACUUUCCUAAAGAUGGUGGAAAGUUAUAUAACACAAUACUGGAACUAUAUCGAAACGGAGAGAUGUUUGAUUUUCCAAUAUAUAAGCAAACACUGAUUUUUCCAAAAAAGGGGAUUUCAGAUUCCGAGAUCUUUGAUUUGUACACGUUACGUUGUUUACUUUUGAAAAGCAAAAUUUUGAAACCAGACGCAGUUGGUGCAAUUAACAAUUUGUGUGUCAUGAUGAAUGGAAUCAAAUAUUUUUCAAAUGUUGUUCCUUAUUAUGUCAUGUCAAAUGUUGUAGACCAGAUAAAGUUUGGCCUUUCCACACUUGGGUGUGCAAAAGAAAACAUGAAGGAGGUAGAGCAUUUGUGUACAUUAUUCGAAGAUAUUACACUCUCGGAAGACGAAUUGUCCACAUAUAAUUAUGAAAUGCACAAUUUUGAUUGCGAACGUCAAGCUGAGUUAAUAUUUGACGUAGAAGAAUGUUUGCGAUGUUUAUUUCACGAUCCUGCAUAUGGAGAUUUUCCAAGGGACGGAAAAAAAUUGCAUCAAGUUAUGGAAGAGUGGCAACAACAAGGAAAGUUAAAAGACUUGGAGAAAAAUCUUUUUUCUCUUCUUUUGCCUGAUAGCAAAAUAACGGAUUCCGAAACCUUCGGUAUACAUCUACUCGGCUAUUUUCUUUGCACAAACAUAAAAGAAGAAAAGCGUAUAAUAUUUGACGAAAUAUUUUAUUUAACAAAUCAAUUGAUACGAUAUGACAAAAUCAAGUUAAGGUUGGAUAUCCUUUCUCAAAUCUCCUCGAGAGUCAGACCCAUGACUUACCGUUAUGAUGUGUUUUCCCGAAGCAAAGAAAAUGAUUUACAUAAAUUUGCUGGUAAAUUUUGGUGCAAGUAGAUAAUUGAUGCCGGGCAUCGUUUGCCGAAAGAAUAUACAUUUCAAAGCAUAAUGGAUUACAAGAAGGCUAGAACUGACGAAGAGAAAAUAUUUUAGUAAACAGAAAUUUUGCCAAAAUGAACAUCUACACAUUCAGAUGUUUUCCGUACUUAUUUAUAUAUGCUCACAGAGACGUUACUAGAAUUAGCUUUCGCACCCAUCCUUAAUUCGUUUUACUAUUUCUCUUAGUUAUAAACCUUUCUUCCUUGCUGCUUGCGGUAAUUCCUGUUAUAAUAGCUGUAUUUUGUGUGUUCAAAAUGGUUGCGCGCAGCUUUUUUCGGAAAAUUAGCGCAGGGCCCGAUUUUUACGGACCUCCGUUUUUAGGUUGAACGCAGGUUAAUUUCGGAAUAAUAGACGAUAUCGCAGUUGCCGUAAAAUUUGAACUGCGCAAAGCAUUCUGGGAUUGUUCUGGGGAUGAAAAUAAACAGCGAAGCGAUUUUACGGUCUUUCACAGCGUUGCCUUGAGUAAAGAAAGAUAUCGAUUACAUUAUUCGUACAUUAUUACAUUAUUAGCAAGAUAUAUUUUAUUGAAUUUGGACCGUUAUGGGUAAAAAUGAUUACUGUGCUGUAUAUGGAUGCAGUAAUGGAAGAAACAGUCCCGAUAAGUGAGUUUAAUAUAUAUAACUCUCCCACACUAGCUAGCUAGCUGGCAAAGCAAGUUCUACAAAUAUUCAAUGACAGUGUUUUCUAUGUUUGUUUGAACUAUUUGUGGUUUAUCAGUCUAUUUCAGCUCUUUGGAUGCUUGAUAACUCAAGUCAUACAAAUACCCAUGCUAGGAAUUUUGCUUAAAUGCUUCAUUUUUAAUCUGUCUUCUUUUAUUUUCACUUCUUCAGGUUGAUCAUAAUGUCUCAUGUUGGCAUUCUACGAUGGCAUUCUCCUAAAACUGAGAAAGAUGCUAAAAGCUGGGAGAAGGCUUUGAAUCGGGGUGGUAAAUUUAUGCGACGUACCAUCACAAACACCUUUUUUGAACGGCCAUGAUUAUGACAACGCCAUAGAUAAUGAACAAUGUUCUCGUAGUAAAAUUUAUGAAAAUUGUGAUUCGUGCACUUCGAAGCGAAACAAAACUGUUACCAUUAUACGUCAACAAAUAAAAAUUCAAGAAUUGAUAAAUGAAAACAAUGAUUUAAAAUCAGGUUUACAUGUAAAAAAACCUUUUUCAAUAGACGAAAUCAAGAAUGACGAUAAAGCGAUAAGCCUGUAUACCGGACUGCAAAAUUAUGGUGUGUUUGAAUGGUUAUACAACCGUAUAAAACCAAAAGCUGAGAAGCUCAGUUACUUCAAGGGAGAAACCUCUUAUUCAAAAAGUAAUUCGAACAGAAAAAAGACAGGACCAAAAAGGAAACUCAACACAAAAAGUGAACUAUUUAUGACCCUCAUAAGGCUUCGGCUGGGGUUAGUAGAACGAGACCUGAGUUAUCGUUUUGAUGUUUCUCAAAGCACUGUCUCAAGUGCUUAGUACGUGGAUUCCAUUUUUAUCCAGAGAACUUCAAUGUUUGAUAUAUUGGCCUUCCAGAGAAGAAAAUAAUGGAUGCUACCCCAAGUGCUUCAAGGAUUUUCCAAACACCAUCGGCAUUAUAGAUUGUACGGAAGGUGGACUAGAAAAACCUAGUUUAGCCAAAGCGCAAGCUCAAACGUAUUCUUCAUACAAAUCUAAAAAUACUUGGAAAAAACUGUUGUCGAUCACACCUUGUGGAACAAUUUCGUUCAUUUCAAAAUGCUAUGGUGGGUGUGCUUCAGAUCGGUAUAUAACAGAAACUUGUGGCAUUCUUGAGAAAAUUAACCCCGGUGACAACUUGAUGGCAGAUAAAGGUUUUAAUAUAAGUGAUCUGUUGGUUGGAAGAGGAUCAAAAUUGAUUAUUCCUCGGUUCUUGAAGGAUAAAAUUCGUUUUACCAGAAAAAACUGCAAUCGAACCUCUAAUAUAGCUAAGGCUAGAAUACACGUGGAAAGGGCAAUAGCUCGAAUCAAAGACUUUCGUAUACUCCAAGGUGCAAUACCAGUUACAAUGAAAGAUUUAUUGGAUGAUAUUUUUGUCAUUUGUGCUGCCAUCACUAACUUAGCUCCACCUCUUGUGCCAUUGUAAAUGUUUUAACCUUAGGUAUUUUCAAGAAAAAAAAUUGUUAAUAUA